CCUGCGUGGCUUCCGGGCUCUAAUCACUCAGUACUCCUGUGCCUUCUUCCUCCUCAUGCAUCCAUCCUUCCAUCCAUCUUUCAUCCAUCCAUCCGUCCAAGGCGCUGUUGCAUGCUGCACGCAUCAUCCCUCCUUACCAUGUGUGUUUGACGUCAGAAACUUAGGAGGGGCUCCUCCGUGGAGCUGGUUGCUGUUUGUGGUGCUGAAACAACGCCUGUAUUGUGUUGCCAUUUAGCGAGAUUUUUUUUUCUGCCUCUGCGUUUCUUCCCGUCUCUUUCUUUCCUCUCAAAGCAUGCCUCUUUAGUCCGAGUGUGAGCAGCUCACAGCUGAGUCGGCGUCAAACAUGUUGUUUUAGCGGAGGUGUGCGAUGGAUUAGUAGUACUGUAUUAGGCGGGAGCGGUAUGGAUUCACUGUGGUGUCCCAUCCUCUUCGCUGCAUUGGCUGUCAGCCUCUGCUCCUCACCUGCCCUCGGUGACAGAAAAUUUGGUUGUCUGUUUGAAGACGAGCUCUGUACUCCGUAUGAGUUCUGCGUCAAUGAUGGAGUGUUUGGAAGGUGCCAGGAGUUGGCCGGCGCAGACCUGCACACAUACGAUAUUUCUUCCUCUGCUCUGCAACGCCUCAGGAUCCUCCUACAGAAACUGGCUCACAGAGGUUUGACAUGGCAGGACGACAUCACUCAGCAGGUCAUCUCUAGAGAGCUCUCCAAACUGAAGAAUGUCCCCCUCCGCCAUCAAGCCACACCUCCAAGCCCCCCUGACCACCUCACCGCCUUCACCAGCUCCAGAGACAGGAAGCUAAGGCCUGCGCAGGCAGAACUGAGCAGAAACCUUCAGCAGUACCUGACAGGGCUGGGCUUCCUGACGCAUGCUGAGGUAGAUGGACAACCAGGAGUCCAACGAGAGGGAGCCAGAGUUCAGAAUGAAGACAUCAAGUCUGAUGGUCAUUCAGAGCCCAGUCGGCCAAAACCCCAGCAGGGCUGGAAGGAAACCACUAUCUACAGCCUUCAGAAAGGAGCUGGCCAACCUCCUGUUACCAAAGUCUUUACCAAGAGUGGAGAGGGCAGGCACCCCAAGCUCAGUACAACAUACUCCAACCGAGACCCAGGAAGGAGCAAGCUGCUUUCCAGCCAUCUGGAGCAGCUUCUUGCUGAGGCACCAGGCACUCAGCAGGGCGUCCCAGGUGGAGAGGCUUCCUGGCCCAAAGGGAAGCUCCACUACCUUAGCUACGUCCGGCCAGCUCCAAGCGAACAUGCAAAGCUCCAGUCUCAGGUGGCUUUUGGCUCCAAAUCUCAGAGGCCUAAUCUAGACAGACUGCUGUUCAAGGCCGGUUCAAACCGACUGACUGCCAAAGAACCUCUCAGUGUCAUGGAUGAGCGAUUCAUCCAAAAUGUGGUGAACCAGCUGGGGAGCCACAGCAUCAACAUGGACGCUUUAAUGGGCAAAGACCUAGACCACCUGGCUCAGGUCAUAACAGGAGCUCUGCAGGAGGUGGAUGAGGAGCAGCCCGUGGCUGGGCCCCAGCCGCUGCUAGAAGCUGCUGACCCCAAGGGGGACAGGGAGCCACUGGCAGCCACACAACUGAAUCAAGACCAGGACCUGAAAUCAGACAAAGGGCAGGAGCCAAACCAGAAAGACACACUGAGUAUGAAACAGCAAGGCCAACAAAUAGACGGUGCAGACAAAGAGCCUGUUGACAAGCAUGCAGCCUUCUUCUCCAAGCUGCUGGACUACCUCAACCUGGAACCCUUCGGUGACGCCCCAGAGGUCAACAGCGGGCAACCGGCUCCCCUCCAGAAAAUGGUCGGACUGGAGAGUGUCCAGAGCCGGACCACGCAGGGCCAAGCUCCCGUACCCCACCGCUGGGAGGAGAAGGUCGGGGCCGAGCCCGUGAAGGAGGGCUCCACUCUGCGGUUAAUUGGCGGUGCCGAGGGCCCCGACACACAGGUGGACUCUGAGAUUGAGAAGUGGAUGCAGGGGAUUCAGGCCCCAGCGGGGAAGAAGCAGCUGGAGGAGCCAGAGAAGAAGGACAUGAGAGUCAAAACUCAGCUGGUCCAUGUGGGGGUGAAGGAGUUCUCCAGCAGAGGGAAGGACAGACACUUUGGCUACAUUAUCACCGGCUCAGACUCCCUUACCACUGACCAAGGCCUGGACCUCAUGGAGCGACUGACGCAGAAGCUGAACCUCCACGCCGCAGACCUCACCCAGCUCUCUGUCCUGGGGCCUGCGUUGACUUUCAGAGUCGGCACCAACUCCAGGAACGUGACCACUGCGGAUCUGGUUCAAGCUGCAGUCCAACAGAAGCAGCAGCUGGAGAAGGAGACAGGCCUGAAGAUAGUGGAGGCUGGAGUUAGUGAUAGGGGCAGCCUGACCCAGAUCCCCGUGGUGAAGGAGACCAGGGUGGAGUCAGGCCAGUUCCUACUGCUCUCCGUCCUCUGCAUGCUCUUCAUCCUGGUGGCACUGGCGGUGUCCGCCACUUUCUUCUGCGUGCGCCAGCGCUCGCACCUCCACAUGAAGGAGAAGCUGGCCAGCCUGGGGACUGACACCAGUACUGAUGCUACCGCAACCUAUCAGGAGCUGUGUCGCCAGCGAAUGGCGAUCAGGACGUCAGAGCGCGUUGAACGACCAGAGACUCUGCGCCACUCGAGGCUCAACAGUGUGUCAUCCCAGUUCAGCGAUGGCCCCGCGGCUAGCCCAUCAACCCGCAGCAGCACCUCCUCCUGGUGUGAAGAGCCAGUGCCAUCCAACAUGGAUAUCUCCACUGGUCACAUGAUACUGUCAUACAUGGAGGACCACUUGAAGAACAAGAACCGUCUGGAGCGCGAGUGGGAGGCCUUGUGCUCCUACCAGGCAGAGCCCAGCGCCUGCAGCGUGGGGCAGGGAGAGCAGAACUCCAAGAGGAACCGCUCUGAUGCCGUGGUCGUAUAUGAUCAUUCCAGGAUCACCUUGAAAGCAGAGAACAACCACGGCAACUCAGAUUACAUCAAUGCCAGUCCAAUAAUGGACCAUGACCCUCGCAACCCUACUUACAUCGCCUCGCAGGGCCCACUUCCUUCCACAGUGGCGGACUUCUGGCAGAUGGUGUGGGAGAGCGGUUGCGUCGUCAUCGUCAUGCUAACCCCACUCUCUGAAAAUGGAGUGAAACAGUGUCACCACUACUGGCCUGAUGAGGGAUCUGACGUCUACCACAUAUACGAGGUCAACUUAGUGUCCGAGCACAUCUGGUGUGAGGACUUCCUGGUGCGUAGCUUCUACCUGAAGAAUCUGCAGACCAACGAGACACGCACUGUCACCCAGUUCCACUUCCUGUCCUGGAUGGACCGUGGGAUCCCUAGCUCGGCAAGGACGCUGUUAGACUUCCGCAGAAAGGUUAACAAGUGCUACCGGGGUCGAUCUUGCCCGAUAAUUGUCCACUGCAGUGAUGGAGCUGGCAGGAGUGGGACUUACAUUCUGAUUGACAUGGUCCUCAAUAGGAUGGCUAAAGGUGCUAAAGAGAUUGAUAUUGCCGCUACCCUGGAGCACUUGAGAGACCAGAGAGCUGGCAUGGUCCAGACAAAGGAGCAGUUUGAGUUUGCGCUGACAGCCGUGGCAGAGGAGGUGAAUGCCAUCCUGAAAGCACUUCCUCAGUGAAGGCAUCAUACCCCCCCCCUCCACCGUCUUCUCGCUCGCUGAGCACCGGUUUCCUCUGCCCACUCAAGACUGACAACUCUCUCUGCCCUUCCUUCUCCUCGCUCUGUUUCUCUCUCUUCUGUCUCUGCCUCCUCUUCACCUCUAUAUAUACUGUAUACUUAUGAAUGUCGUGCCAGAUAUCUCACCUGGAUCCAUAUUCGCAAAUUUUGCCUCAGAGUACGACUGUCGAUCUAUGAUCUGUGUCGCUCUAGUGAUUCGGCAAGUGGGGCCUGAUCUAAUCUGAUGGAGCUUAGAUCCUCACUCCUACUGUGAGACUUUCUGUCAAUAUGAUCCCUGGUCCUCUAUAACUGUGAUGUUGUUCCUGAACAUACCGUUCUAGUGCCACUGACGAGAUGUUUACGUGAUGUCAAGUGAAGAUUUUUGUUCCAAAAUGAGCUAUCUCCUAUCAAAAAACUGAUACCAAUGCUUAGAAAAUGACUAUUCGCACAUUUAAAACAGACUACAGUCGAGCUGCAAAUAACAAAUAUUAAUCAUUUAGUCCAUGAAAUGUUAAAAAAAUUGUGAAAAUAUGGUAUCUACAAUUUCUUAGAGGUCACAGUAAUGUUUCGCUUAUUUUGUCUAACAAGUCUAGAAUAGUAAAAUAUCCAAUUUACUGUCAUAUAAGACAAGGAAAAACAACAAAUACUCAUAUUUGAGGAGCAUAAAUCAAAGAAUAUUUGACAUCAUUGCUCGAAAAAUAAACACUAAUCGAUAAAUCAACUAAUCAUUGCAGCUCACAACUAUAGUACUUUUAGAAUAACAAAGUAAAUGAAGUUCAUUCCUGAAAAAAUCUGAAUAUUGUACAGAAUAUAUGCCCCUAAACAAAUUGAUGUAUUGGACACAUAUUGCAUUUUGGAAAUAAAUUCCUCACAUGUUUCUCCUCCUCUGUGAUCUGAAUCAACUACUAUAUACUCAGCAUCACAUGUAUAGAUGUUGAAGUGUGUGUGUAUUGUUGUAUUUUGGGUCCGGACAUUGAACCACAGAUGCUCUGGCUCUCAAGAAAAAAAAAGCCUCACAGAUCAUGAUUAUCACAACAUAUCAGGUGUUUUUUAUUCCUCAUUUCAUUGAUGUUACAUUUUACACCACAAAUUGUUUGUUACAUGAACAUCUCUGUUAAUAUUAAAUGUGAAAUUACCAACUAAGAUAGUUAUUGCUUCUAUUUAGAAAUACUGUCAUCCUAUAUCAAUAAUAACAAUAUGAUAUAUUUAAGCAGAACUUGUUGCUAAAUUUGUUUGUCCCUCCAUCACUGGUAUAUUGUGAUAUUUUGUGCGACAUUACGGAUUAUUCCCUUAAUGUAUAGAUGAUGAAUGACUUACUAAAUCCCUAUAUAGUGUUAUCUGAAAUAUAUACUGAGAGCCUCAAUGAGAACUAUAUAUUUUGUGUGAAAAGUAACAUUCAGAUUGAUAAUAAAUCCAAACAGACUAUACUGCU